UGAAAAUGUCAAGGUUCUCACUAAGGAAAGAAUUCAGUGCUAAAUGUUCUAAAGACUUUCAAAGUUCUCAAUCCCGAAAGAAGAUGAAGAGUGCUUCUCAGGCACACAGAAGACAAUCUAGUCUAAGAAGUUUGAAACAUGUCAAAUAGAGUGCAUACUAGUGAUAAGGAUGGUAGCAAUUUAAUAUACAGUCUUGAAGCAUUCAGAUCGAAACUAAAUGAGCAUCCUAAAGGAAUGGUAGCAUCUGAAAGAUCAGAGGCUCUUAGCAAGGCUAGAAAGGAAAUUAAAUACAUUCAUGACUAUUUCUCUAAAAUUGUACAAUCAGGAAGCGGCCAAAGGAACGUCAAUGUACACAAGAAGGAAAUUGCACUUGCUUUCAGACAACCUUGGAGAACAGAUUAUGACAGAAAACUUCGCACAAUGAAUGAGGAUGCAAAUCCUUCAAAACACAAGAAGAUUCAUGUGAGGUUUCAAAUCCCUAAGAAUGAAGUUAAGACUCACUACAGAGAACGCUUGGUUAGUCAGAGUAUCCCUCUGUCUCAAUCCUUUGACUUUAAUCAGAAGAAGAACAUGCUAGAGUCUUAUGAUCAUAGCUCAAAUAACGAGCCAGAUUUCAACAAGAAGGCUGGAGGUUACCAGACAAACCAAGAGCCAUUUGUAGGAAACUGGAUAGACUACGACGACCGAUCGAGUAUUAAUUCUGAAAUGAUUUCGUCAUACUGUAAUUAAUAACAAUCACACAUUUCUCGAUAAUGCGCUAGGAAUGUCGAAGACAAUUAGUGCAAAGGUACCAGUCAACACUAUCUUUGUUGAUGACAGCAAAAAGAAAUAUGGAGCAAUGCUACAGAUGGAAAAGAAGCUUGAAGAACUGAAGUCAUAUAUCAAUCAGAAAAUCCAGGAGAAACAAAACAGUCGUGAGAAGCCUAAAUACCUCAGAGAUAUCUUGAAAUAACAUUAAGAACAAGUCUAAGAGGAAGGCCACCAAGAAAAAUAGUGAGGCUAGCUCUGAGAAACUAGAAUAUAAGAGUUUGCUACAAAUACUUGAUAUUGGUCAUAUCAAGGCCCUCCUCUUAGCAAUCCAAGACCUGUCCAAGUCAAGCAAUAUCUAUGAUAUUGUGUUCUAUACAGCAAAAAUGAGGGCUGAUUUUCUUGUCAGCAGAGGAGACUCAGAAUUUAACAUCGCACUCAAGAUCUAUGAUGGCCUUAGAGUUUAUAGCAUAAUGAUCGACUCCCCAGAGAAACAGCUCAUAAUGUAUGAACAAUGCGGGUACAUGAAUAGGUUGAAGAAACGUCACAAGACUGCUAUCGAGAUGUUCAAAAGAAUGCUCCAAAGCGCAUGGAUCCUGAAACUCAGUCAGGAAGAGCUUAAAGCAUACCAUCAUCUCAGUAUUGAGUAUUAUUAUCUUGAAGAGCUCGAUAAGAGCAGGUAUUACCUUGAGAAGUAUCUACAAGGGGACCUUGAGAACGACAAUAGCAUCAUCAAGCAAAUCUAUCUCCAAGAAUACAGAAUAAAAUAAAAUUGACCACCAUGUACCUCAAGAUCUUGAUAUUCAAGAGUUAAAGGAUGAGUUUAUGAAGGAGCCACUCACCUCCCCAAGCGAGGGGAAGCAUAAAGUUGAAAAAUCGAAUGAUUAUGCUCAUGGUAACUCUAAAUCAAAGAGUCGCCAAGAAGCAACCUACUCCCCAGUUGGAGUAACAAGAAAGUAUAAGUUUUUAAAUAUGAGAGAUAUCUGAGCGAACUAUACCCUUAUUAAUAGCUCUUAUAAAACACACAAGCGGAUAAUGUCGAGGCCUCCAAAAGCACAGAUAAAGGAUAAUGAAGAUUAUUUUCUGCAAGAAAAGAAAAAGAACAGUAAGAAAGGAAACAAGAAUAUAUACUCAAGGAAAAUAUUUAACAAGAAGGCGAAAUCUUUCCAUGAUAUUGUGCAUCAAGCUGCUUCAAGAAGACAUCUGUCAUCUGAUAAAUGCUACCAAGUAGAGUCCAGGUCUGGUAUUACAAGUAAUUGGGCUCAUCAGUCAAUGAUGAGGACCAAAUUUGUCCAGGAUGGGAUCAAGGAACUUCUAGCCAACAUUGACUCUAUAUCUAAACUCAUCAGUGAAGAGAAGCUAAACUUUAGGAAAGAGGUGUUCCAAGAUACAGAUGAUAUGAAAAGAUCUCAAACAAAUUUAUAAUCGCUCCUAAAGUAC